UCGUCGCUGUCGGUCGUGUAUUUUGGAAUGUUUGCUCCACCAUCAUCAUCAGCUCAGAAGUAACGCGAAGAUUGGUCGGAUUGAUUGUCACUUUGCUGAAAGAGUUGGAUCGCGGUUUGUAAAAAAAGCAAAACGGCAUUGAUGGUGGUUGCUGUGUAGGACAAAUUUCUUCCUAUAGUGGUUAUCGCCGUGGGGAGUUUUUUGGGGAGCUUCCUUGUUCCUUGUGGCCUGGGGAAGCGCAGUGGCUCUCGAUUCCCUUGCUAACUUUUUCAAACUAGUAAUCUGAAAAUUUUACGUCAUAAAAGUGUUUCGUGUGCGAGAAAAAAUAGAAGGUGAAAACCAGCAGUCGAUUGCGGAAGUGGUGAGAUUUUUGGUGCUUGGAAGAAGGCUUGAGGAAUAUUUUCAUCGGUGUUGGCAAGUGAAAUAAUCGAUCUGUGUCCUCCAGUUCUCGUAAAAAGGAAUAUCAAUAGUAACGUGCACAUCCGGGUGGAAUAGCUCCCGGACUGUCCCCCAUAAUCAGAAUGCCCAAGGAACCACCUUCACUGUAUCAACAAUGUCUGCAGGGAUACGUGAAAAAUCUCAACCUGAAUGUGACCAGCUUGGACCGGAUAGCGGACCUGAGGUUGCUCCCGACAAGCGUUCUGGCCAACAUCUAUGAACAGAUGUGCAACUUCGAGUCCCUCAAGGAUGUGCUGCUGGUGCAGCUCUGCGAGCUGGACGUCUUCCAGAGGCUGAUCAAGCAGACGGCCCUCAAACAAACGAUGUUCAAAUGCGUUCAAACUUUAAUGACAGCACGACGCCCAAUCGUCACAGAACUACGUACCAUAUUCUGUCGCACUACCACCGUGUACUUUCUGCAGCAUCCGGACAUUGCCCUGGUCAAACAGUGCAGUUUGGAGCGGUUGAUCAGGGCCUCCGGAACUGUCUGCUCGCUGCCGGAGCUUGAAGCGGUCGCAGAAACCUCCUCGACUUCUGCCUCGCACAAGAACAUACAGUUUGUCGUUAGAUUCCUGGAGCAAAUCGACAACGGCAUCCGGUUAGGCUCGUUCCUGUCCGAGUCCGGCUGGAUCGAGGAAUCGUUGCACGUGUUCAACAUUACGCUGGCCAUGAUAGAAGAACUGCGAUUCGGCUACCAGCGGUACCUGAUCGAACUUAACUGUUUGCAAAAACUUCUCAGUGCACAAACCGUAUUCUGUUGCUUUAAGGAGGCAAAUAUUUCCUGUGUGCAGGCACUCAACAUCAUAGAUAUGUUGACGCAUCAACAGCAACAGAAAAGGCGCUCCAAACAGCAGCAACAGCAGACCUCCAACUUCAGUUGUGUUUGCUUCAAACAGCAGCAGCAGCAGCUUCAACCCCCGUCGUACGCUGCCGGGGACCUAGAUAGCCUUAGUAGUAUCCCGAACAGUCUGCUGGCCAAUAUCUAUCAGCAGAUUUCAGUGUUGCAUUUCUACCGGAGCGAGUACGAUCUGAGCUACAAGUGGGCCAUCCGAGCGCUGAAGCAUAUUAACAAGCACACCCCGGAUAAAGUCGUCGUUGACGUGCUGCGACAGGUGGCCAAAAGCUGCGUAGCUAAACGCCAGUUCCAGUCGGCCAGCAUGCUCAUCAAACAGGCCGUAUGUCGGGCUCGAGCCAGCUUCGGGACCAGCCAUCAGAAAUACGCCGACGCACUGCUCGACUACGGGUUCUUCCUGCUGAACGUUGACUCGAUCGCCAAUAGCGUAGCGAUGUACACCGAAGCGCACGAAAUCCUGUGCGGAAUAUUUGGGUCCCGGAACCUGCAUGUAGCCGUUGCCCACGAAGACCUCGCCUACUGUUUGUAUGUGCUCGAAUACAGCUCCGGCAAGUUUGAUUCGGCUACGGCCAACAUUGACCGAGCGAUAGACAUCAUGAAGGAACUGGUACCCAGCAAUCACCUGAUGUUGGCCUCGGCCAAGCGCGUCAAAGCCUUAAUCCUCGAAGAAAUAGCCCUGGACACAAUGGCCGCCGUCACUGAUUACAAUCGGUGCAAAAGUCUCCUGGAGGAAUCGGAGUUGUUGCACCACUCGGCCCUCAAUCUAUCGCUGGAAGCUUUCGGCGAAAUCAACGUUCAAACGGCCAAACACUACGGUAAUUUGGGGCGAUUGUACCAAUCGAUGGGCAAGUUCGACGAAGCCGAACAGAUGCACAAACGAGCGAUCGAAAUCAAAACCCUGCUGCUAGGACCGUACGACUACGAGGUGGGCCUGUCGAUUGGGCAUUUGGCCUCGCUUUACAACUACCACAUGCAGAAACACCAGGAAGCUGAAGAGCUUUAUAUCAAGAGUAUCGAAAUCAGCUUGCGGCUGUUUGGAGAAUCGUACUCGGGGUUGGAGUAUGACUACCGCGGCCUGAUACAUUUCUACGAGAUUACCGGAGAUCGGGCGCAGUACGACCACUACAACAACGUUCUGGAGGACUGGCGGGUGCUGCGCGAGGAAAAUCAAGCUGUGAGGAACAACUUCCCCGCCGAGCUGACCGAGGACACCUCGAUGGAAGAGGUGACGCGGAAGUUCUUCGAAAUGUGUUCCAGCAAUGGUGUUGGCUGCGUGAACGACGCCUUUGAGGGUGCCUCUGUCGUCGACGAGCUAGCCGAGGGAGGCGCGGAUGUCUCCUCGGAAGCUGCCGGAAAAGAUGGUUCGAUCGAAGAUCAGGCUCCGAGUCCUUGUUGCAGUAAUGGUAGUUGUGGCAACAGCAGCAGCAGUAGUGAUAGUAGUUGUAGUAGCAACGAUGAAUUCGUUAGCGUAGAAAACAGUGAUAAUUGCCUAGAUCAUCCGUACCUAUCCGUGUCCGAAACGGUGGCAGAGGAAGCGCCGUCGCUCAAUCCCAGCGGCAGUCCAAUUGUGAUCGAUGAACAGCUGGUUAGGAAUACGUGAGUCUCUUAGAAACAUUUCCCGUGCAAUUUGGUUCGAAAAUGCUCGAAUAGGAUUUCAAAACCUUUGGUUCGAAACUAAAAUUUGUCAAAAAAGAAGAUGAAAAAAGCACAAAUAUUGAAAAACAUGCAACAACCACCCAUCGGUUUAUUUAGCAUAAUUAUCGUGCCUAAUUUGAGCUUGCUGUUUAAAAAUUUUAUUGAAAAGAUGCUUCAGAAGUUUUGGAGGAAAACUGAAAUCAGAAAUCAAAUACCCUAAACUUAAACAACUAUCUAUUUCAUGGUUUGUUCCACAGAAAGGGUAGAAAUUUUAACUCAAAUUCAGCUCCUCAUAUAAUUUGCAGUAGAUAACUUUUUUUUAAUUAAAAAAUACUAUAAAACGAAUGUUAAAAAAUCGGGUAUAAUCGUCGCUGUACACCUUGUGAUCGUAAAAUUUGUGAAUGUAAAAAUCGAUUUCAAACUAACCUUGGAUAAGCUUACUUCUUUUUCUCGAAUUUAUUGCUCUCGCUUAAUUUGUGCGCUUGUUAACGCAUAUGUUGCGUCCCUCAAGACAACUCUGCUGCUACUAGCUAUCUAUUCACUAUCAACAACUAUUAUUCUGUGAGACACCUGCAAAAGCAAGAUUACUACUGAAGAUCGAAAAUGAAUUUUAUGAAGUU